AUGAUUCUCAAAUUGAUCGCUAUCCAAAUUAUCAUCACAACAUUAACCAUUAUCAGGGCGAAUGCUUCCGAAGAUCGGUAUCUCAGAUACGUCAAAGACAACUGUUAUUUAAAAGGAGAGGCGUUCUCUUGCGUAAAGUAUAGAGCACUGAGAAUCGCUAAGAAAACAUUAUUUGGCGAUAUGAAUAAUAAUGAAACAAUACAAGCAAGCAACAUGAUCAGCUUCGUGCCUUUGGAUGAAGAAACUAUAAAGAAUCUUACUGUUACUGAAGACGCGGAGUUACUGACCAACGAACCCAGAGGCUUUCUAUCCGAAUGGACUGAAAUCGCGAAGUAUUUCAUGAGUUUGGUGACGGAGUUCUUUAAAAUGAAAGGUCUGAGGGUCAAUUUGCCAGAAGGUUCGAGAACAAUCGAAGAUCAGGCUGUAGAUGAUGGCCGUGGUAAGAGAAAGAAGCUGGCAGUUAUGAUCCCACUUCUAAACCUGCUGGCAACACUGAAGACCAAAAUGCUGCUCAUCCCAAUACUUCUCGCUGUAAUGCUGAUCAAGAAAUUGUUGCUAGUCGCAGCAUUAUUGCUGCCCAGCUUGCUCAGUACUUUGAAGGCUUGUAAGCAACACCACCAUCCGAUGACCCAUUACUCAUACCUGGGGAGUGACACCACAGACUUCAACUCUGACUACGCCAACAGCUACUCCUAUUCUUCAGGUGGUGGUUACGGAAAGGACUGGCCUACGAACCGAGCGUACACCUUAUCAAAGCACCGACCUACAUCUGCACCGGUAUACAUAACCGCACCUGGUGCUGUAGCCUAAAUUCUGUAUGGUUCUGCUAAAAUGUCUAAUGAUAGUACGUAAAUAUUGACUUUGAACUCUUUCGAUAGUUCUUUUAUCAUUAUACGACUCAACUGUCAAGAGAGAUUGGCAUGUCUGCCUAGAAAAUGUUUAUUUAAAAAUAGAUAACCACAAUAUUAGGCGAGACUAAAAGCAAGAAGACAAAUGCUAUAGAAAAGAGGAAGUGCUUGUUCGUACCUAUGGGAGAUAA